AGUAAGGGCGGUUACGAGAGGUUUGAAGUUCAAAAUUGUUACAUUCGUCAAAAAUAAGUGAACCAUUGCUCGGGAAAUCCGAGCCUAAGCUCUUGCUGGCGGAGAUUAGAUUCCUUCGUUGGAAGAAAACGAACUAGAACGUAGCAACGUCCUCGGGCCAUCGCGAAGGAAUGGUGAAAGUGCAGGUGCAGAAUUAUGAUGAUUACGAGCGAAUACGAUACUUUUACUACAUUCGGCCACCCCAGACACCGGUGGCAACGGACUGGUGGCUCGACCCGAUGGCUACCACCACCGAAUCCACCACGACGCUGAGCGCGGCCGAGGAGACGACACUGCUGCUGUACGACAUCUUCAUACCGAUGCUUGGGUCGGUGAUCAUAAUACUCAACCUGAUUGUGGUGGUGUCCAGCGUGCUGCUGCUGCGGAAAGGCCAACAACCGUACACCACCUACAUGUUCCUGGGCAACGUGGCCGUCUCCGAUCUGCUGACUGGCUUUGCGGUCCUCUACGGCCAGUACGCGCCCCGCGAGCUGCACGGCGAGGACAACUGUGCGCUGAUGAUAGGGCUGAUUGUGUCCACCUCGCUGGUUUCGGUGUACAGCGUGGGACUGAUUGCCAUCGACCGCUAUCUGUACAUCGUGUACGGGCUGCAGUACCAGCGGUACCUGAACCGCACCCGAGCGCGCAUCCUGAUCGGCCUCACGUGGAUCAUCGGUAUUUCGAUUGGAUUCCUGCCGGCAUUCGGAUGGCGCGGAGACACCGACGGAGGCCGGACGUGCUGGUUCAUCCGUUUAGCACCGCCGGCCCUGGUGGUCCUGACGGCCGUCACCGGUAUCCUGCCGGUCGUGCUGGUCAUCAUCCUGUACGGAAUUAUCCUGCAGAAAGCGCUGCGUCGUGUCAACCAGCUGAAGAAGGCAUCCCGCGAGCUGCAGGGCGUCCAGACGGGCAAUUUGCGAUUGUUCCGCGGGGGCACCCGUUCCCAGGCUAACCUCUCCGACACGGACCAGGGCCUGAGCGAGGACGAGCAGGUGGGCCGAGCCCGUCGAUGCCUCUGCCUGCAGUCCCGUUGUUGCACCGCCAGAGGACGCUCGCAAUCCGCUCAGCGGGCGCUCAACGCGAACGGCAAUUCGCCCGCGGCACCAACCAUAACCGCAGUGUCGACGACGACGGCGGCGACGGCAACGACGCCGGCAACAACGACCUCGCCCGGCACCGCCACCACGAACGCCAGCAAAAGCCCGACCAAGUGGAAGGCGAUAAAGGUGGUGAUGUUCACGACGGGCAGCUUCGUCGUGACGUGGGUCCCGUACUUCAUCGCGAGCCUGAUGUACGUGGCGUGCGAUCCGGCCACCAACGAGUCGCUGUGCCGCGGGCUCCAGUUCGCCAUCGCCAGCCCGCUCGCCAUCCUCGGCUUCGCCAACAGCCUCCUCAAUCCGAUCAUCUACGCCUGGUGGCACAACGGCUUCCGCUCGUCCAUGAAGAAGCUGGCGACAAAGGCGGGCCGCCGGUUGCGCUGCUGCUCGGGCUGCUGCAAACCAUCCCGCCAAGGUGCGUCGACGGCGACGGCGGUCGGUGCGGCAUCGUCAUCGACGACGGCCGAUGAUUCCACGGUGAAUCGGCUCAGCACCAACGGGAGCACCGAAGGCCAAAGACAAUCGAGCCGUACCACCACCACCGUGGUCGGCUCCACUCCGGUCAUCGGGAGGAGCUCAUCGCGCAAAGGUCGUGGUUCAAGGGCGACGGCACGGCCGGUGAGCAGCGACCAGGAGUUCUCCGUCACCGACGACACCGACGUCGAGCUGCCGAACGUUGUGACACGCCUCUAGGGUUCCGCUCGGUUCCGGUCGCUCGGGCGCAAUGGCCAGGAAAGGAGUCAUUUCCGCUGCGCACGAAACUUCGAACAACGAGGGAAACAAGAGUACACGCCACAUUUCCCAUCCCAGUUUUUCGUUUGCCUCUUGUGCGCCAAGAUCAAAGCCAGAGAUCAACGCAACGAUCCAUUGUUCUUGUCAACGUCCUCUCGUUCGGCUUUGAAGACAAACGUUCACCAAAUCUGCUGUACUCCAAAAUGUAUGUUACCCGCCGCUCGCCCCUUAGACCCUUAACCGUCCCUCCUUCUACCACCGCCCAAAAAAACAAGGACAAGUUUGCGAAGCAAUGGUGCUUAGCGACGGUUAUGGAGCAAGGCGCGCAACCCAUGUACGGGACAUAAUUUAUGGCAAAUCCCAUUUAACUUCACAUGUACCAGUGUGGUUAACGCAAGUCGUCGCAACGAACGGGCCAACGGUUGGCGUACAGUUUACGAGAAGCAUCAUACGAAUGGCGAUUUCCCACGAUUCGGGCGCUUCUGGCGUGGUUGUGAUUCGAGAAGAUUAUGCAGCCGACCCUAGUUUGGCAAUGCAGUGGAAAGCUUCAUUGAAGCAAAAAUCAAAAGGAAA